AUGGGUCCGACUCUGAAUUCGCGCGCCCAGGGUGCUAUCUGGGGAACUUGCGUCGGCGAUGCACUAGGCGGCCCCGUCCAGUUCUCGGACUACGGGACGUUUACUCCCAUCACAGACCUGGAGCCUGUGCGACCGUUCAAAAAGCCAGCAGGCUCUUACUCUGACGACGGCGCUAUGACGCUGGGUCUAGCCCAGUCCUUCAUCGAUGCUGGUGGGCGAUAUGAUCAGGGCAAGUCCAUUCGUAAUUAUCUCGAGUGGCUGACGAGUGGUUAUUUUGGUACCAGCUCGGAGCCUUGGGAUAUGGGGGUGGCCACCCGAGAGGCACUUACCAUCUGGUGGCAGCACGGGAUCUCCAAGACCAGUCAAACACGAGUCAUUCGUCAUCUGGACAAAGAAGUCCGUUGUGGCAAUGGAAGUUUGAUGCGCAUUGCCCCGGUAGGUGUGGUUUUCUGGAAAGACAAAGAUUGCGCUUCAAACGUGGCUAGGGAAGAGAGCAUGGUUACUCAUCCUGCGCUUGCCUGCGUCGAGGCUUGUGUGCUCUUUACCUCGUUGAUAGCUGGCGCUAUGCAGGGUAUGUUCGCAAACCUAGUCCCCUUGUUUCUGGAUAUCAAUCUCAUGAUGGUUCAAGGGCAACUAAAAGAGGAUCUCUUUGGGGUCUUGAAGAACGAGCUGCUCAAACUCACCCACCCGGCCCUGUCUCAUCGUCUCUCGUCAUAUCCAUUGAUGGGGCAUUAUUCCCUGAAACCCAGCAGCGACGUGCACAGCAGCGGCUGGGUCGUGGACACGAUCGAGGUAGUCCUUUGGGCGUUCUUCAAGUUUGACACCUGGGAAGAGGGGGCCUUGGCGGUUGUCAACCUUGGAGGAGACUCUGAUACUGCUGGGGCCAUCUAUGGUGCCCUCGCAGGCGUGUUUUACGGCGUUGAGUCGAUCCCGCAGCGGUGGAUUGAUAAGAUGCAGAAUGCAGAUUUCAUCCGGAAAAUUGCGACAGAUUUUGCUCGGGUUGUCACUUGA